UAGAAGUUGCGUUGAAAGUGGUCUCAGUCGAUAAUCUUCCGCAUCCGAUAACGUAGCAAAAGAGUUGUGUACAACCCCGAAACGAAUGCUGACACACUGGUGAGCAAACGGACGCGGAAGCAAAACUACGUGCGCUUCAUUGCGGAAGUAAUACACUCUGAGCAACAUCGUCAUCCCGGUGAUCCCGCGAAUAGAAAAUACGUAAACAAAAAGUCCAUUCGCAUCGGCUUCACAGUGGAGCCCAUCAAGAAAGCUACGCCCAAACGACGAAAGAUGAAAGUCGUCUGCACGCAAGUGUUCAAGUGUCUGCUAUCUUUCCUGCUGUUGCUGCUGUUCAUUUUGUUCAGCUUCGCCGCCCGAGUCCUGUUUGUCUAACGACGAAGGGGUCAAAUCGCAGCAAACCAGCAAUCAGUGAGACACCGUGACCGUUCUACUUUCUUGCGGAUUUCUUUUCUACGGUGGAUGGUUUGUGUGCCCUGAACGCGGGUUUGAACGGUAGAAUUAAUCACCCAGAUAGCUACGUAGUCUCUACGCUGUAUCUUAUCGCUUUUGCCAACCACCCGACGCCGAAGGAGCAGCGUCAUACAAAAAACAAAUACUUCUAGCAGUUCGAUUACCUCCGGGGGCAUCAAAUUGGCAUCGAAUGCUCCAGCGAAUCUGUGAGACUGCGCGGAUGAGCAGUGGCACCGAUUAGCGGUAACGAAUUUGGCGGCAAAUUGACUGCGAAUGCUUCCGGCAGGUUAAUGUGGUAGCAGCGUUUGCCAGUCAUUUUCUUAUGGUAUCCGAACUAAGAUGGCAGACGAAAAUGAUAUCAGAACAGCGGUACAAUCGUUCUACACUACCCAACAGCAGCAGCAGCAGCAGCAACAGUUACUGCUGCGCCCAACACAUACGACCAUUCAUCACCAAUCAUUAAUGCAUGCAGCACAGGGAUACGGCAGCGGUCCGCCAAUGGCCGCAAUAGGCAUGACGCGUUCCCAUUCGCACACGGUCAACCUGUUGAGCGAGGACUUCAUCGCCGGAUACAUGGAGCAAGGCCGCAUGUCGGUUGUCCGGAGGUUCUUUUGUCUAUUCGUAACAUUUGACGUCGUUUUCAUCUCGCUACUAUGGAUCAUAUGUGUGGUGAUCACAGGUGACAAUGUGAUGCACGCACUGGAAACUCAGGUCGUUCACUAUAAGAUCGAUACCUCACUAUUCGAUGUCGUUAUUGCCGCCCUCGUAAGGUUUAUUUUUCUCAUACUAUUCUACGGUCUGCUGAGCAUAAGCCACUGGCUAGUGAUAGCGCUUUCUACAACUAGUUCCUGUGGUUUUCUUAUAAGUAAAGUAUUCUUGUACAACUGGCCGGCGACACAACAGCCGGUGUUCGAGGUGCUCCUGGUAGUGGUUUCGUUUGUCCUUGCAUGGGGCGAAGCCUGGUUCCUAGACUGUCGAGUCAUCCCGCAAGAACGCUACGCUAGAAAUUAUUUUGUCGCUAUAACAAAUCCCGGCUCGAUGGAUGCCCGCACACCCCUGUUGGAUCCAUUUUUGCGUGCUUCCGUAGGUGGACGAACCGAAAGCAUUGGGAACUUUUAUUCCCCCUACGAUUCGAUCCACAAUAGCGACGAUGACGAGGAGGAAGAUGCGCAGGACGAUGAGUUCCGGAAGAUGGGCACGGAAUGCGUGCGGAAGGCGUACACUUUGCUCGAAUCGGACGGCUGGAAGAUAGAGAAGGUUACCACCAAGGGCGACACGAUUCAGAGCUGCCAGCAGGAUAAGAUUGGUAAAGUUUACAAGCUGACCGCCAAGAUUCACUAUCCCGCCCGGAAGCUACUGCAGGAGCUGUUCUACAAAAUCGAGGACGUCCCGAACUGGAAUCCGACGCUGCUCGAAUCGAAGAUCAUUCGGAAAAUCGACAGCCACACGGACAUUUCCUACCAAGCGACGGUCGGUGGCGGUGGUGGCGUGGUAAAGUGUCGCGAUUUUGUUAACCUCCGCUGCUGGCAUCUGUGCCGCGAUGGGCGGGUGAUCGAGGGCGUCGACCUGCUGCCGAAUCCGCUGAUCAACCUAUCUCCGGUGACGGAAGAGCGCGAAGGGCUCGGAUCGGUUGAGCAGAGCGACGAUGACGACGAUGACUGCGAGGAAGAGGAACGUUUAAGCGAUGCGGACGGUAAGCCUUCCAAAUCGGUUCCAAAAAUGAGUCAAUCCCACGGUGAGCUGAAGAUAGUCGCGGAAGAUACCGAACCUGCUGCUGGGGAGACUCGAAAUAAGACUGCUUUUAAAACGCUCAGCAAAAGCUUGGGUGCUCAGGACUUUGCCCUUGGUGGUGGUGGUGGUGGCGCUUCGGACCCGGAAGAUGUCUUCUCUGACGCACUGACGGAUGAUCAGGAAGUUAAGGGAUCAUCGCAUGAAUCGAACGGUGCCAAGGGCCCAAGGAGGAAGCGAGAAGGAUUGCGUGAGGUGCGUGAUUCUUCCAAGGGAAGCAAUGUGUACGUUAGUGCUGCAAUCAGUAUAGACUAUCCGGGGGCUCCAGCCACUAGUAAAUAUAUUCGUGGGGAAAAUAAAGUAUCGUGCUGGGCAAUGCGAGAACUUGAAAAUCAAAAGGAUCACUGCAUUUUCGAGUGGUUACUGUGCUUGGAUCUGAAGGGCUAUAUCCCACGCUACGUUCUAGAUACUGCCUAUACUACCCUAAUGCAAGACUACAUGACCUACCUUCGAAAGUACGUUGCUGAGUUACGCAAGCAAGGAAAAGUGCCUGGUGGCCACGGUGCAUCAUCUAAUGCCUGAAGCCACUCACUCACAUACACACACACACACACAAUCAUAUACUCCACCAUCCUGCAGACGGCAUCCGCUCGGAGAGAGCGAGAUCAACUAAUCACCACCGGCAAGUCAUUCGAAUUUAGGACGCAUUUAUUUUCCUCCGAGUUCGUUCCACAUAAGUUGUGUUGCUACUAAAGUUUGUAUUUUACACUGCUUUACAAAUGUUUGCAUUUUCAUGCUCUUGGAACUGAAUGGUCGUUCUUUGACCUCGGAAUGUUUACACUGCACACCGAAAACGAGGUCUUUGUGCUAAAAACGUUCUAUAUAUAUUUAGUCAAUUAAUUUAGAAUACAUCGAAGAUCAAAACAAUGGUUCUUAACUUACGCAAAGGACCACCAAGCAACGGAAAGUUGUUAAAAUAUUUCCUUAACUCGUAUGGAACAUGAAAUGUACUAACGUAAACGCAGAUUGUAACGAAUUCCUCCUCGUACCACGUAUAAUAACGACAAUGCUUCAACCAAUCGCCCACAGGUGUAUGCAAAGGAAUGUGAGAAAAGUCUGUCCUGUUUUUUCGUACAACUGCCGUGAGUGAGCCUUUGGCCACCUCAAUCUGUGGAUGUGAUUUAUUUUUCUCGUCUUCACACAAGUCCAU